CAAGUCGGUGUAUGUUAUUUCUGCUCUUCACAUCGACGGCAGCUUCAACUUCACACCGGGGUAGCACACAAUAAGACGCAUUUAUCUUAUCAGAUUUACCCGGACACCUUUUGGGAAACAGCAGUAGUUCUAAUUGUCUUUUAAUCAAUGGGGCUAUUUGCGUGAGCACGCUUUUCGGUAAGGUCUCGUGUAAGAUUGUGUGGGUUGGCGCUGUGAAAGUGACUGCAUAGACGUGCUUCUACAACUGCGAGGAGACUGGUGGAGAUUUACCGAGCAUCUAGCUGCAUAUCAGACCGAAGAGGCAUCCGGAUAAAGGUGACCGGGGGCAGUUGACCUAUCCAUUUCUGAGGAGGAUACCGGGAGGAACCAGCUCUGAAAAUGCCCGUGGCGACAUCCAGCUCUGACUCCGCCAUGCAUCAAGCCCUGGACACACUGAGUGACAGCACCAGCUCCACAACGGCCAACGACCUGGACCUCAUCUUCCUCAAAGGCAUCAUGGAGAGCCCAGUGUUUUUAUUCAUUAAAUCCCAGGCCCAUGAGCAGUUUGAGGAACCCAAGCUGGAGGCUGUGAGGGAGAACAACGUGGAGCUGGUGCAGGACAUCCUGAACGAGCUGAACCCGCUCACAGACAGCAGCCAGGCGGUGGACGAGCUGGUCCGCAUCCUGAAGGAGCCUCACUUCCAGUCCCUCCUUGAGACCCAUGAUUCUGUGGCGUCCAAAAACUACGAGACCCCCCCCUCCAGCCCCUGCUCCUUCAUGGACGCAGAGCUCAACAACCAGCCCGUUCCCCCAGACGCCGUCCGGAUGGUGGGCAUCAGAAAAGUGUCUGGCGAGCACCUGGGAGUGACGUUUCGGGUGGAGAGCGGCGAGCUGGUGAUUGCCAGGAUCCUCCACGGCGGCAUGAUCGACCAGCAGGGUCUGCUCCACGUGGGUGACAUCAUCAAGGAGGUGAACGCCAAGGAGGUGGGCAAUGACCCCAAAGUGCUGCAGGAGAUGCUGAAGGAGGCGAGCGGCAGCGUGGUGCUGAAGAUCCUGCCCAGCUACCAGGAGCCACACACACCCAGACAGGCCUUUGUAAAGUGUCACUUUGACUACGACCCAUCCCAUGAUAACCUGAUUCCCUGCAGGGAAGCGGGGCUCGGCUUCAACAGCGGAAACAUUCUGCAGAUUUUCAACCAGGAGGACCUGAACUGGUGGCAGGCCUGCCACAUAGAAGGAGGCAGUGCAGGUCUCAUCCCAAGCCAGCUGCUGGAGGAGAAAAGGAAAGCGUUUGUGAAGAGAGAUCUGGAGCUCACUACCACAGGUCCUCUUUGUGCUGGAAUGGGUGGAAAGAAGAAAAAAAAGAUGAUGUAUUUGACUACCAAAAAUGCAGAAUUCGAUCGACACGAGCUGCGGAUAUAUGAAGAGGUAGCCAAGGUCCCGCCCUUCAGGAGGAAGACUCUGGUUCUGAUUGGUGCACAGGGGGUCGGACGUCGCAGUUUGAAAAACAAGCUGCUGGUGUCAGACCCCCAGCGGUACGGCACCACCAUCCCCUUCACCUGCAGAAAACCAAAGGUGGAUGAGAGGGAUGGCCAGAUGUACUCCUUCAUGACCCGCAGUGAGAUGGAGGCCGACAUCAAAAGUGGUCGUUUCCUGGAGCACGGCGAGUACGACGGGAAUCUGUACGGCACGAAGAUCAACUCCAUACACGAGGUGAUAGACACAGGAAAGAUCUGCAUCCUGGACGUCAACCCACAGGCUCUUAAAGUCCUGCGGACGGCAGAGUUCCUGCCCUAUGUUGUCUUUAUUGAAGCUCCGGAUUUUGAGGUUCUCAAAGCUAUGAAUAAAUCAGCAAUUGAGUCAGGAGUGGUGACGAAACAGUUAACGGACUCUGAGUUGAAGAGGACAGUGGACGAGAGCGAGCGCAUCAAGCGGGCGUACGGACAUUACUUUGACCUCUGCAUCGUGAACGACGGCCUGGAGGCUGCGUUCAGGAGCCUGCGGUCUGCGCUGGAGAAACUGUACACGGAGCAGCAGUGGGUGCCUGUCAACUGGGUCUUCUGAACCAAGAGGUCACCAUCAAGCCACAGGUCAAAGGUCAGAGGACGGUGAGGUAGCUCCAGAGGGGCCGUCUCCAUGCAGUCGAUUGGUGGCGGGGGUCCAAGCGUCAUCGUUCAGUGCAAACGACCAGUAGAGCGUUUUUGUACAAAAGUUAGUGUUCCUCCGUUGAGGCUAAUGUCAAGUUAUACUUUUAUUUGAAAUCAUUUUACUGAUAUUUGUCGAGAAGGAUUUAGAGUUGAUUAGGAGGUUUAGUGCAAUAGUGUGAGUGAGCGUGUGUGUGUGUCUGUUAUCAUAAACGUGGAAAUAGAGUUAGAGUAAAGAAUAUGUUUUGCAGAUUAAUCUACCGAAGGGUUUUUUCGUUGAAGGAUAUAAAACUUUCUAGCCUUUCCUACUUUAUGUAGUGUACUGUUUACAUUGGGUUGGUAGGACAGAUUGGUGACGGAAACAUACCAAAUGUCAUAUUUAUUAUAGACCAUUUGAUGAUACUGUAUGAUUGUAUGUGUUCAGAAAUGUGCUUUAUAUCGUUUGUCUCCACUAAUUUGAAAAAUGAACAGCAAUAGAUUCAAACUAUAACAUAUAUGUGCAAUACAUUUACACACAGACACUGAUGUAUACAUAAACACACGUUGUGUUAAGAUUGCAAUCCUUUUAUCUUUGAAUGUUGAUUACAUUAUACAUUUGUUGUCCUAUGCUGGUAAAGCGUCAGGUUUAUUCGACAGAGAGACGACCCAGCAAAUUGAUUCUGUUGGAGUUUUAUUUGUAGCACUAAGAACAACAAAAAAUGUAAAAGUAGCCUACAGUAUGCACUGAUUGUAUAAUGAAGGCAAAUAUGUUACCUAACAAUACAGGUUGGACAAUUAA